UCCUAAUGUUUUUGGUAAAGGAUUGUUCUAAGAGUUUCAUGUGCCUCAGCUGAAUAUGAUAUCUCUUUCUAAAUUUUAAAAAUUAUGCUUUAAUUUAACCAAUGAAACAGUAAUCUCUUUUGACAGCGUAUCCAUAAAAGACUGCAGUAUUAACUAUGUCUGAACUUCCUAGAGUAACUAAAGUUCAUUCCUAUGGAUGUGUACCUCUUAAAACACCAAAAAUCAAGAAAGAACUUAUUUCAUCAUGCCCUACAGACAAAACCAAAGUUGUCCCUCCACAUUCAACGAUUUUCAUGGACGAAUAUGGACAAAUGCCAGAUCACUAUUAUCUGGCACGAAAACCCCCGCUUUCUUUCUUUCAGGUAAAACGGAAGCUAGAUUUACAAUCGGGUAAAUCAUCCAAUAAAUCAAAGAUAAAAUUGAAUAUCACUCCAAGAAGAAUAGUCAGGACUAGAGGAAAAAGAGGAAGCACUUUUUUAGAAAAACCACGUUAUGAUACAUCUCUGGGCCAACUGACAAAAAAAUUUCUAAAACUACUUUCUGACGCUUCUGAUGGUACUAUUAACUUAAACAGUGCCUGCACCUUACUAGCUGUGCCAAAGAGAAGGCUUUAUGACAUUACAAAUGUUCUGGAAGGUGCUGGUCUGGUACAAAAAAUGGCUAGAAACAAUAUCCAAUGGAUGGGUCAAGCAUCCUCUCCAUGUGACAGUGUUUGGAUUUCUGACUUAGAAAGAGAUAUUGGUGUUCUUGAUUCAAAGGAAAAUAAAUUAAAUGAGUUAAUUUAUUGCAUGACAAAUGAAAUUGAAGCCAGCAAGAAAUUGGAUUACAGAUAUCAUUACAUAACUGCUGAGGACUUGAAGAAUGUAGAAGAAUAUGCUGAAAAGACUGCUAUUGGGAUGCUUAACUACGAGUUUUUAGAAUCCUUUGAACGAAAACUUGUUGUUUCUAGUAAAAGUAAUGCAGAUAUCGAAGGACAUUUACUGUGCAAUGAUGGAUUUCCUUUUUUUCAGAACAUCUUGCAUGCAGGAGCAGAAUGUAAAGGAAACUCAUAUGACAUUAAAAUUAAAAAUAGCCAGUUUUUGCAUACUGGUGAUGCUAGUGAAGCAUCAGAGGAAGGAUCAAGUUAUGGUUCCUUUCUUAAUCCAGAUGUUGGUACCGAUGCUUCUUUUACUGAGGUUUGUGCCAAUACAAUAUGGACUAAAGGCGAUACAAUUAUCAAAAAUGCUUUCAUUGCUGAAGAAGAUGACAUUGCGCCAAUGGGUAAAAAUUUUCUUUUGGAAACUGAAGAUCAAGACCUUGACUCUGUAGCAUGUUAUGUUUUGGGUUCACCUAUUGAUAACUAUUCUUUUUCCCUCGACACAGGGGAAGGUUUGUCUGAUUUGUUUGAUUGUAAUUUUGCUUGUCCAUAAUAGUUCUUCAACUAAUAUUCAGUUGGUACCAAUGCUUCUUUUACUGAUGUUUGUUGUUUGUACAACAAGCUUUCGUUUACUGAGGUGAUUACAUAGAAGCUUGUUGCUAACAUUUUACAUUUAUGUAUAAGCAUACCUAUGCUUAUUUUUUAAACCUAUGUGUUUAUGUAUGUUUGCAGAUUCAUAUUCAAGCGCUUGAGAUUACUGUUUCAUAUUAAUAAAAGGCAUGCUAUUUAUUAUUGUUUUCUACAAUUUUCUCAGAUAGUCUAAAUGCAAAGAAAGAUAGAAAUUUUAUAUAUUCUAAAAUUUUCCAGUUUCUGACAUGGCCUCAA